CGGCUCGGUGCAGUUACGGAACGCUAGCAGCUUUCUGCGGUCGUGUGUAGUUUCGUCCCCGCCGCUUCUUGUCACGCCGUGUCGGACUGCUUCUGCCGGGGAAGGAUGGCUCACAGAUACCUGCGGCUGUCCGCGGGCUGCCGGAGCCUGUUCCGGCUGCUGCUGCCCUCCGGAGCCCCCAACAGGCUGAUGAUGUCUUCAGCCUCUAUGGCGCAGGUAGAAAGUGGGCGGAGUCUGCUGAGUGACCUGUUGGGGGCCUACAGGACCCUGAGCUCCAGACCCCCGAAAGGCUUUGAGAAAUAUUUUCCAGACAGCCAGAAAACUCCUCAAAACACGGACGCUGAGCCUGCAGCCAAAGAAGCCAAACCUGCUAACGCUCAGAGAGCCUCUGGGAGGCCAACAGGCGAAGGAGGAGGUGGAGGAGCAGGUGGAGGGGGGUCAGCAGGAGGAGGAGGAGGAGGAGGAGGAGGAGGAGGAGGAGGAGGAGGAGGAGGAGGAGGAGGAGGAGGAGGAGGGUCGAAACGAGGAGGUCGGAAGGAUGAAUCCCAUUGGUCCAGCCGUUUGCAGAAGGGGGAGAUUCCCUGGGACGACAAGGAGUUUAAAAUGUAUUUGAUCAGCGGUGCUGCUUUCUGGGCCACUGUCACCUACUAUUUCUUCCUAAGAGACGGAGGUCGAGAGGUUACCUGGAAAGAUUUUGUCAACAACUACCUGUCCAAAGGAGUGGUGGACAGGUUAGAGGUCGUCAACAAGCGCUAUGUGAAGGUUGUUUUCAAUCCUGGGACGACGCCGGUGGACGGGCAGUACGUCUGGUUCAACAUUGGCAGCGUGGACACGUUUGAGAGGAAUCUGGAGACGGCUCAGUACGAGCUGGGCAUCGAGGGAGAGAACCGCCUGCCGGUGGUUUAUUCCACCGAGAGCGACGGCACGUUCCUCCUGAGCAUGCUGCCGACUGUGCUCAUCAUCGGCUUCCUGCUGUUCAUGCUGCGGCGGGGACCGGCGGGGGCCGGCCGCCCCGGGAGGGGCAUGGGCGGCCUGUUCAGCGUCAGCGAGACGACGGCGAAGAUCCUGAAAGACGAGAUCGAUGUGAAGUUCAAAGACGUGGCAGGCUGCGAGGAGGCCAAGCUGGAGAUCAUGGAGUUCGUCAACUUUCUGAAGAACCCCAAGCAAUACCAGGACCUGGGGGCCAAAAUCCCAAAGGGAGCCAUCCUGACCGGCCCUCCUGGAACCGGGAAAACUCUUCUGGCCAAAGCGACGGCGGGCGAGGCCAACGUGCCGUUCAUCACCGUCAACGGCUCCGAGUUUCUGGAGAUGUUCGUGGGCGUCGGUCCUGCCAGGGUGCGGGAUCUGUUCGUCAUGGCGAGGAAGAACGCUCCCUGCAUCCUCUUCAUUGACGAGAUCGACGCCGUUGGGCGAAAGCGAGGGCGCGGGAACUUCGGAGGGCAGAGCGAGCAGGAGAACACGCUCAACCAGCUGCUGGUGGAGAUGGACGGAUUCAACACCGCCACCAACGUGGUGGUUCUGGCAGGAACCAACAGGCCGGACAUCCUGGACCCCGCUCUGAUGAGACCUGGGCGCUUCGACCGGCAGAUUUACAUCGGUCCUCCAGACAUCAAAGGACGGGCGUCCAUCUUUAAAGUCCACCUGCGUCCUCUGAAGCUCGAGACGGAAAUGGACAAAGACGCUCUGGCCAAGAAGAUGGCUGCACUCACACCUGGUUUCUCAGGUGCCGACAUCGCCAACGUCUGUAACGAAGCCGCCCUGAUCGCCGCUCGCCACCUUUCAGACGCCAUCAACCAAAAACACUUUGAGCAGGCCAUCGAGAGAGUCAUUGGAGGUUUGGAGAAGAAGACUCAGGUCCUGCAGCCCGAGGAGAAGAAGACGGUGGCGUACCAUGAGGCCGGUCACGCUGUUGCUGGAUGGUACCUGGAGCACGCCGACCCCUUGCUCAAGGUGUCCAUCAUCCCGCGUGGGAAAGGCCUGGGAUACGCUCAGUACCUCCCCAAAGAGCAGUACCUGUACACCAAAGAGCAGCUGCUGGACCGGAUGUGCAUGACUCUGGGAGGCCGGGUCUCCGAGGAGAUCUUCUUUGGCCGGAUCACAACGGGAGCUCAGGACGACCUCCGAAAGGUCACCCAGAGCGCCUACGCACAGAUUGUUCAGUUUGGGAUGAACGCAAAGGUGGGCCAGGUGUCCUUCGACCUGCCGCGGCAGGGCGAGAUGGUUCUGGAGAAGCCGUACAGCGAGUCCACGGCUCGCCUGAUCGACACGGAGGUCAGGAGCCUGAUCAGCGAGGCUUACCAGAGAACGCAGCAGCUGCUCAACGACAGAAAGGCCGAGGUGGAGAAGGUGGCGCAGCGCCUGCUGGAGAAAGAAGUUCUGGAUAAGAACGACAUGGUGGAGCUGCUGGGCAAACGCCCGUUUGCCGAGAAGUCGACUUACGAAGAGUUUGUGGAGGGAACGGGAGGCGUGGACGAGGACACCACGCUGCCCGAGGGCCUGAAGGACUGGAACCAGGAGAGGAAGGAGAAGGAGGAGAGCCCCGACGAGCAGGUGGCCCGGCAGAUCUCUGGAGGAAUGCCCUUUUAAGAACUCAGACGGUGCAGACGAGCAGCUCGGCUCUUUGACACUCUUGUUUUGAAUUCUGCACAAGGCAAAAAGCUUUCACCACGACGCGAUGCUGAAUUCGGUCUCUUUUAGAACAGCCCCCACAUGCCCAGAACACUGUCGAAGCCCCGCAGACUUAUUGAUAAGGUCAAGAACCUUAGAAUGGAACCGGUUGGAUCCAGAUACCGAACUGCCGAUUCAUCUCUGUUCUGAUGGAGGCACAUUGUGGAUCUGCUUUGGAGGCAUCGUCUCUCCAUCUUCCCUCAAAUGUCAUCUGAUUCAUUCAUUCAUUCAUUCAUUCAUUCAUUCUCUCAAGAACAAGCCAUCACGUUCUGGAUUAUAAAUUCACCACAGAACUGUUGGUGCCUCACUCUGCUGCAGGUUUCUGACGUAUUGAACCUUUAAAACGCGACGGCUGCUUUCUCGGAUCGGGUUUCUGUUGAUGCGGCAGAUGUGGCUCUGGGCGAUUAGAGCUUUGAGCUUCAUCUCAGGCCUUCUUGAUACAGCGUUCUGCCUCUCGUAUUUCACCAUCUCCUGCAGGAACGUUCUCGCCGUCAGACUGAACUAUGAGAGAACUCCUUCAUUUCUGCUGCUUCGUCUUUUUACAGGGUUCUCCUCCAGGCCUGCCCCUGCCCCGGGGAGCGAUGAGGUCUCUUCUGUGGCCGUAGAGCUGCUUCAAGCUUGUAUUUAUGGUUCAUCUGGUAGUUUCAGCAACACUUUCUGCAGCACACAGUCUAUUCAAACAUCUGAAAUCAGUCAGCUUCGUGUGUUAUCUACAGUUAUGGUUAACUUUUAUCUUCAGGUGCCUCAUGAAAUCAUAUGCGGUAACCAUGACAGCUAUGAUAUAAAGCGUUAGCAGCGCGGGUUGAAGCGGCUCUCAUACCACACAAGGACUUUGCUGAUCAGACAUUGAUUAUUUAUUGAUCAGUCGUCACUAGCAUGCUGUAUAAUGUGCAGCUGGGUGUCCGCUCUCGUUGUAAACAUGUAAUAUGAUGUGAAAUAACCAAAAAAAAAAAACAUGUAAAUGUGUGUUCUGUUUAAUGAUUCAGAUGUUUUAAUAAAGUCAGAGAAACUGUCA